UCCCCGGCAUGGCAACAGUGAAACAGCUGACGGAAAUCACAGAUAUUGACGAUCUGAAGGAUCUGCAGGAGCUGUAUCUCAAGGAUUGGCCCAGUAACUGUGUCGCCUACUUCUGGCUGGAUAAUUAUUUGAGAUGGUUGCAGAAAAAUCCGAGCUUAAGUCACCUUACCUUCUAUACUUUGAAUAACGAUUGGCAAAGUGAUGGAUUAUUUAUAUUGGUGCAUCGCUAUCAAUUGUUCUUCAGUAACUUAAGUAAACAAAAAUCCGAUUUGAAAGAUGCUUUGAAAUUAUUGGAUUGGUCGGGAGGCUUCAAAGUCAGUGCCAUUCAAGAGAAUCACCAUAAAAUCUACAAGGAGCUCGUUGCGGAACUUAAUCUUACCAUGUACCGCGAAAUGCCUACCACAAUGUAUAGUUUGAACUGCCGGGAGGCUAGGAAACUGGAGAUUAGUUGCCCGGAGGGCUACUACGUGGAUAAAGUGCGUUUGGAACAUGCAGAGCUUAUAAACGAUCUAUGGUCAGCCCGUCAUCCUGGUUCCCUUAAACUCAUUCAAAUGCUAAUCACUAAUAAUACCAAUGUGGGUCUAUAUGAGAGGGAAUCGGGUUUGUUGUGCGCCUGGUGUUUAAGACUCCAAAGCGGAUUUCUGGGAGCAUUGGAAGUGAUCGUAACGCAUCAACGUCGCGGUUUGGGGUUAGUAGUUGCUUCCGCCAUUUCCAAAGCUAUUGCCACCGAUCUCCAGCAUGACAUAACGGCCCUGGUCAAUGUGAACAAUACUGCUGCUUGUCGCGUGUUCGAGAAACUGGAUUUCAAAUUGAUCCGGGAGAAGCAAUAUUACUGGAGCAUGAUCAAGCCGAGGCACGGAGAUCAGAUAUCUUGGCCCAACAAUGAAUAGGCCCAGACAGCAAACAGAGAUUAAGAAAUAUGUACAAACGCUGAACUGUAAAAACACCUAUAAAAUGCAAUUCUAUCUAAGGAAGAUAAACUUUUUUGU